AUGUCAUUACUUUUCUUUUGUUUAUAUUUUCUUUUUUCUCUAUUUAUCCAUCUUUGCCUCAUCGCAUUAUUUCUAUCGGCUUAUAUUUCCUUUCUCUUCCCCUGUUUUUAUAUCUAUCUAUCUAUCUAUCUAUCUAUCAGUCUCUUCAUAUCUAUCUACCUAAGCCUAUUCAUAUCUAUCUAUAAAUCUGUUCAUAUCUAUCUACCUAAACCUAUUCAUAUCUAUCUAUUUGUUCAUACCUAUCUACCUAAACCUAUCCAUAUCUAUCUAUCUGUUCAUAUCUAUCUACCUAAACCUAUUCAUAUCUAUCUAUCUAUAAAUCUGUUCAUAUCUAUCUACCUAAGCCUAUUCAUAUCUAUCUAUCUAUCUAUCUAUAAAUCUCCUAUUCAUAUCUAUCUAUCUAUAAAUCUGUUCAUAUCUAUCUACCUAAACCUAUCCAUAUCUAUCUAUCUAUCUAUCUAUCUAUCUAUUCUCCCUCUCUUUCUUCAUCUCUCACUCCCCUCUCUUUCUUCAUCUCUCACUCCCCUCUCUUUCUUCAUCUCUCAGUCUCCCUCUUUUCUUCAUCUCUCACUCCCUCUCUUUUUUCAUCAUAUUUUUUUCUCUUUCUUCAUCUCUCAGUCUCCCUCUCUUUCUUCAUCUCUCACUCCCCUCUCUUUCUUCAUCUCUCACUCCCCUCUCUUUCUUCAUCUCUCAGUCUCCCUCUCUUUCUUCAUCUCUCACUCCCCUCUCUUUCUCUCAGUUAUAUUCUGUGACCCACGCUUUUUAACCUUUGAUGUAAUAAUUUUCUAUCUAUCUAUCUAUCUAUCUAUCUAUCUUUAG